AGUUUUGACGAAUAAGUGAGUAAAAAAAUGAGAAUUCGGUUAAAUAGAAAGAUGUAUCUAAAGAAAAGUUUAACAUUAGAACUAAGCUACGUUGUUUUGCUAGUUUUUUUAAACAUAUUGUGUCACGGAGAAAAGGUUGAAGUACAGAUUCUUGAAAAGUCUACCAAUUGCACAGCAACGGCGAAGAAUAAUAAUUUUGUUACAGUGCAUUACAUCAGUCAAACGGAAGACGAGACCGUAAUCGACUCUACGUACGACCGAGGUGUACCAAUGGAAGUACAACUAGGAUUUGGUAUGCUCGCGAAAGAGUUUGAGGAGGGAAUUCUCGGAAUGUGUGUUGGUGAAAAACGAAAGAUUGUGGUUCCAGAUGAUAAAACAAGAAGAAAAGAGCCUAUUUCGAACCAACGCCGUAUAUAUACAGUGGAAGUUUUACACGUUUCUGAGUUAGCUUCGAUAAACGGAUUUCGUUGGCUUGAUUUGAAUAACGACCAAAAGAUAUCGGAGGAAGAGGCUGCCACUCUGGUCGGGAUGUUGUCUAAGUCAACCUUGCCGCUUUUCCCGAUAAAUGAAAAAGCCCUUUUAGAAAUAUACAUGAAAAUCCACGAUUUGGACAGCGACACCUUUAUAUCAGAAGAGGAAUAUAUUAAAUCUGUUGAAGCUGCUAAAGAGGCUAAAGAUCAAAUGAAUUUACAAAACCUACCACCGGAAAUUGAAAAGAAAAUUAAAGCAGAGCUAUAACAUUUAAUCGUUUCUGUUUGUAUCUGGGGCUUACGAACCAUAAACUUACAAGGACUUUACACAGUUCACUCCAUGUGGUUGCAAGGUGUAAUUGUUACGUUUGUGGAAGUUAACUCAUCUUAUGUUAUUUUCAGAACUGUAACAAUAAAUUAACACCUACUUGUUUUAUGAAAAUUCGUAACCUGAUCUGGAAAACAGUGGCUGAUUUUACGCGAUUGCAGUAAUGCCCCUGGAUAGAGGCUCGUGCAGAGGGUUGAACUCCAAGUUUCAUUCUCUAUUAGCGGAAUGAACAGCUUUAGCUUGGAGCUUCUGUAGAAGCCACAACUCCAAGAGUUUUAUUCUGUGUUAGCUAAACUUCACUGAUAUCUUAAAACCGGACGUUGUUUCGAAAAUCAC